UCCAUAAUUAACGAUACGGUCGUUAUUAUAUCGCUUAAUCCUGUAGUUUGUUCCAUUUUCCUAACUUCGUUUUGUAAUUUUGUCUAGUCCGGCAAUUUUUCUUCUCUCCGGUAUUCUUCAGAUCCGGUCUUAAUUUCAAUAUACGUAAUAUCAUUUAACAAUUUAAAAAAAAGCGCUGUUUCAGCAAAAAACUAAUUAUUGGACCACUGACAAUAGUCAAGAUCCGGCACCGUGGUAUGUUUGGGAUCAUAAACGAACUAUAACCAGAAGCAAGAGUGAGGUAGGUUUAGCGACUAGGUACGGAUUUUCUUUUCUUUUCGGAAAUUAGUAUAAUAAAUAAGUAAAUAUCAAAAGCCGUAAAACGAAUUUACUCUUCACCAUAUUGUGGAACGGUGGAACACACGUAAAAAUACAAAGAGAGGUUCAUGAGUAUAUGUAUAACCUACCUAGUUUUAUUUUAUAAUGGAAAGACUUUUUACACAGGAGAGACCUCACCACUCUCACCAGGAUAUAAUAUCAGGUUGCGGUGGCAAAGGUGUACGGAAAGACCUAAGAGAAUAUCUGUUGACGUCCACGUUGCAUGGUCUCCGAUACGUGGGAGAAAAGAAAUUAACUUGGUUUGAAAGAUUCUUCUGGUUAGGGGCAUUCAGUUGCUCCAUAGUUUGCGCAGGAUUCUUUAUCCUUAACGUUUAUGACAAAUGGCGAAGUUCACCCAUGAUCGUGAGCAUCAACCCUGAGAACAUGGCUCUCCAGAACCUGCCCUUUCCAGCCAUUACUGUGUGCAAUGUCAAUCAGGCGAAGAAAAGUGUCGCGAAACGUUAUAAACAAGACGGUGAUCCAGUGAACAAGAAAUUGCUCGAAAGCUUAUGCACAUCACAGGAUGACACAGAAAUAUUUGAAAGCGACGUUGCUCAAAGCGCCGAUUGGAACUACUUCCGCUCCUUCUUAAUAAAUGUAACCCAGCCAUGUAGCGAGAUGUUAGCAAUGUGCAUUUGGGACUCCGGCGAGAUGAGCUGCCAGGACUUGUUCAACGCGCAACUUACCGACGAAGGACUGUGUUGCACCUUCAACGUCGUCCAUCGCAACAAGCUGUUCCGCAAUCCCAAAGAUUUAAACGAUAUGAAUUUUACGUUCCCAUUACCUUCGGUUGAUUGGACUCCCGAAGGCGGUUACCCGGCCGAUGCGCCGUAUAACGGUUUUCCAUGGAGACCCAGAGGUAUCGGAACUGAUCAUGGUUUGACGUUGGUUUUGGACGCGAAUGUGGCUGAAUACUACUGUGCUUCCACGAAAAGCCCCAGUUUUAAGAUCCUUUUGCACAAUCCCACGGAAACGCCCAACAUCGCGAAUCUGGGUGAUAUAUACGGUCCAGGAAUAGAAGCUCGUAUCGCCAUCCAACCCCGAAUCAUGGACGCAGCUCCCUCCCUGCGGGGGAUCGAUGUCAAAAAGCGGGUGUGCCUGUUCUCCAGUGAGAAGGCUUUGGUUUUCUACAGGACUUACACUUUAAAAAAUUGUGAGAUGGAGUGCGAAGCUCGAAAUAUGCUGGCCUUAUGCAAAUGUGUAUUAUAUUACAUGCCUAAAAACAAAACCACACGGGUUUGUGGUAAAGCCGACGCAAAUUGCUAUUCUAAUAUAAAUUUAAUUAGAAAAGGCCGUCAACUGUCAUGCGAGGAGUGCCUGCCAGCUUGCACAGAGAUCUCAUACUACGAGCGUAUGAGCUCCGCCAGACUAAGCAAGGCGAUGGUUGAGCAAUACGCCAAGCGGCUCAGCGGCAACAAAACGGCUGAAUACGUUACAAACAACAUGCUUAUAAUCCACUUUUAUUUCGAGGACCGUACUUUUACAAGGUACACCAAAGGCGAAAUAUUCGGCCUCACAGAGUUUUUGUCAAACACUGGAGGGUUACUGGGCCUGUGCAUGGGCUUCAGCAUGAUGAGCCUAGUAGAACUGAUCUACUACGUGACGCUACGUGCCCUUUGCCAGACGCGGCGAAAACCUAAGCAUCACUUCACACAAUAUUCACAAUAACUCUGGGUGGAGUGACAUUCGAUUUUGAACCGGAAUUCUUAUGAUAUAGAACUGGUUUUGUUCUAAACUUCGCAGCAAUUAUAUUGACGCUAUCCAUUAGGCGUACUAUGGAAUCUUACAAUUGGUUCAAAGACUACCAUUUGAACAAGUCAAAUGAGACGUACGACCGCCACACUUUUAUGUUCCAGUUAUUGGCUGAUAAAAUGACAAAUUCCAUUUGGUUGUGGUUUUCAGCUGUAUACAUGUUAAAGUGCAAUGGGUUCAGGCAGCAGAAUUUAUAAAAAAUGGUAGCGCUUUUCGAGACCAUGAUACGGUUGACAAAAAAUAUGAAUAGCAAUCUUGAGGUCUCUAGUAAAUUCAUCGAUUUGAUACCUGAUUAAAAACAACUUUCGCUAAAUAGAAAGAAAUCACAAACUUAGGUCAAAGACGCACUAUUAAAUAUUUGCAACUAUUUCAGCAAACGCUAUUAAUUAUUUUUGCUGGAUCUCAUCGAUUUCGUUAAAAAUAACUAAUAGCGAUGAUAUCCACAAUCCUGGGCAUGCACGGCCGUCCGCUCAGUGCUCGGCGAGCUGCGUUCGGAGAAGAACUGAACUCACUGCACCUUAAGGAUGCCGUCAUAAAAACUAGUUAUGUUACUUUUAUCUCCGUCACUUAUACUUUGUGACAUUUAUAGGGAAAAUGUUACUAAUUUAACUUCUAACCCCCUUAUUCAUAAAACGUCUACUAAAGUUGUCAAGCCGCUUAUAAUCGUUUGUCCCUUUCCGACGUAUUGGUAUGAUGGAAAGGGACAAACGAUUAUUAGCGGCUUGUCAACUUUACU